UUGAGUUGUUUAAUGGGUUCGUUAAGGGUUUUAUCAGGUUAGGGUUUUAGAUUGUCGUUGGACGCGAUCUUCAACCUCCUCGCCAGUCGACGAUGGGCAGAACCAGCAUCCUCUCCUCCCUCCGCCGCGCGGCGAGUCAGAGAAGCGAUGCCCCUUCUCCAGCCAUCGCCAUAUUUUUCAUUGACGAUGCAGCCUGCCUUGGCCGGCGGGGGUACUCAACUGCGAGCAUGGCCCGUGCUAAGGAGGAGAAGGAGGCUUGGUGGAAGGAGACGUUGGAUAAGGUGAGGAACAUCGGGAUUUCGGCUCACAUCGACUCCGGCAAGACCACGCUUACUGAGAGGAUUCUCUUCUACACCGGUCGCAUCCACGAGAUACACGAGGUGAGAGGUCGGGAUGGUGUUGGUGCCAAGAUGGAUUCCAUGGACCUCGAGCGGGAGAAGGGGAUAACCAUCCAGUCAGCUGCUACUUACUGCACCUGGAAAGAUUAUCAGGUUAAUAUAAUUGAUACCCCGGGUCAUGUGGACUUUACUAUUGAGGUUGAGAGAGCUCUUCGUGUUCUUGAUGGUGCCAUACUCGUCCUUUGCAGCGUGGGCGGCGUUCAGAGUCAGUCUAUAACAGUUGAUCGCCAGAUGAGGAGGUAUGAGGUUCCAAGGCUUGCUUUUAUCAAUAAGUUAGAUCGAAUGGGAGCAGAUCCGUGGAAAGUUCUGAAUCAGGCAAGAUCCAAGCUUCGGCACCAUUCUGCAGCAGUUCAAGUUCCAAUUGGAUUGGAAGAGGAGUUUCAGGGCCUUGUGGAUCUUGUUGAAAUGAAAGCUUAUUAUUUUCAUGGAUCCAAUGGUGAGAAUAUUGUUACAUCUGAUGUCCCUUCAGAUAUUGAGGCAUUGGUCGCAGAAAAGAGACGCGAACUUAUAGAAGUUGUUUCUGAAGUUGAUGAUCAACUUGCUGAGUCUUUUCUUAAUGAUGAGUCUAUAUCAUCAGAUGAUCUCAAG